AUGGCACAAGAAAGUAGAUUUGCUAGCUCGAAGAAGACUCCAAAUCAAAGGGAAGGCGAGCUUCCAACUCGCUUGCAGUCCAUUCUCACUCCAAAAUCAGAACUUUUAUCCCCAAAAAAGCGAUUUAAUCCUGUCAUUCCUCCCGCAAGAGCUCCUAAACUAGUUCUCCGACGCAAAUCCUCAGAGCUCGCAUCUUCAGAACGAGCUGCAAGCGAAGCUGUGCAUGAACUGCAGCAGUCUUUAUCAAGUACUUAUCUUGCAGGCAAACAAGAAAGAGACCCUCAAUCAAUGUUUCCAAAAACUAAAAAGUCAAGACCCCCUGCAAAGGUCGCAUUCUCACUAACUCAGCCUGAGGCCAAGCCAAAAAAAGAAACCAUUGAACAGGCACAAAAGAAAGAGCUGGAAGAAAAUACAUGGAUCACUGAUGCAGACUCAGACCAAUACACACCUUUGACACUGCCUUUUCUUUGAGUUUAACUUAAAUUAUAUAUAGAUUAUUUAGGCUAGCCAUAUUGGCUUCGAGUCCCUUGUUUCGCUCCACCGCCUUCAUGCGAGCACGACCCUUCGCUGCUUCGCUCCGAUCAGACGAGGUCUCGUACUCAACCUAGAGGUAAAGAAGCUGGGUCGCCAACAAGAUUAUCUUUGCCGGAAAUUCAAAAAGCGAAUUUUCUGGUCAGGUUAUUGACCAAGAUGAAACUUGAAGUCCAUGGUGCAGCUCCUGGUUUCGCGCUAGGAAAAUGCCAGAUUGACUAAGCGAAUGCCCUCUCGCCUUUGCUGGGCUAUCCUUUUCCAACUUCCCAAAUUUCAUCCUCCCAGCAGGUAUGCUUGCUGAACGCCGCUCUCACUUCCACAGUCCCAAACUCUAUCUUGGCUGCAGGUGCUAACUGGACAGAUGGUUCUCCAUACCAUUUUUAUUUGAGCCUCUCUUUGAAUCAGAAAUGAAUCGGAGCGAAGAAAUAUUGGACGAAAAUAGAAAAGUGAAAGAAAACCAAUUAAUUUUUGUACAAAUGCCUCAAGCUUUACCAAUAAAGAGUAGUGAUGGGAAUUUGCAUGGGAAAAUAGGAAAAUUAAAAGUAUUUAAGAGUGGGAAAAUGGUACUAAAUAUUGGUGACCAGCUUUUUGAGGUAAUGCCUGGAGUUCAGACAAGUUUUUAUCAAGAAGUUGGCUGCCAGUCUGAUGAUAAGUUGAAACUAUUAGGGCCAGUUAACUCACAGCUUAUUGUGGCACCUAAGCUAUUUUAA